AUGAUGUUGGAUGGUCUACGCAGGCGGCUCAGCAGCGACGCAGUGCGCUUGCACAGGAUAGCGUGGAAACCAUCCAUUGCCAUCGCCGCGAACGGAAGCGCUGCAGAGCCGCAGCAGACCCAGCAGCACCCUGCGUUGUUAUAUUCUCUCCUCGGUGGUACGUUGAAGACAAUGCAGCAAGCGGCAUGCGAUGAUGAAAUAGUCUCCCUUGCCUGCCCAAGAGGAACUUCCAUUAGCAUCCAAGUGGCUGCCUACGGAAAGACAGCACCUCAAGGACAUAACUGUAUGACUGAAAGCACCAAUUUUCGGGAUAUUGCGGUGGAGGUGGAAGGUGCUGAGAAAUGUUUGUGGCCAAAUUCUAUGCAGUAUUCUCUCCUACAAACCGUGGUGGAAGCGUGUCAAAAGAAGCCACAAUGCAAGUUUAGCACUAAGCCGAAGCCAGGUCUGGUAGACCCUUGUCCUUUGGCAAGAAAGUACGUCGAGGUUGCUUAUAAAUGCCGUCCUUAUGAAUUUCGAAGCAGAACAGCAUGUGAAAACGAUGUCUUGAAAUUGAGCUGUAAUCCCUUCUCCAGGGUGGCUGUGUUCGAUGCUCAGUAUGGUAGAACUGCUUAUGACGUCAUCUGUCCUCAGAGACAAGGGGUAUCUGAUGAAAGCUGCACAGCACCCCACGCUGCCGAAACGGUGAUGCAGAUCUGCCACGGUAAGCGGUGGUGCUCCAUCACCGCCAACAACAAGACGUUUGGUUCACCCUGUAAACUAGUAUCUAGAACGUAUUUGAAAGUCAUUUAUGCUUGCGUUCCACUUGGAGUUCUCACGGAGAAAUAUGAAAGCGCAUCAGAAAGAGACGAGAUUGCCAAUAGCGAUGGCAAACAAAAUGACAUUGAAGGGGGCCUUUUUGAUGAUUCAGAAGGAGCAAGUGAAAAAUGGGAGCCCAAUGCAGUCUCUCCUGUAGCAGAUCCAGCUUUACAGCCACUUCCUGAAGAAAAUAUUUCACCGCCAAAAGUAGAGCAGCCAACAAUACAAAAACCUGUACAAGAAAGAGAUCCAUCCUCAGAUCAAGAUCAAUCGACGAAAGCCAGCAUGUUUAUCUACAUAGGCGUUGGUCUUCUAGUUUUCAUCAUCCUAACCAUAUUACUCAUAGGAGUUCGCUGCUACAUCAUUCGAAAAUCUUCGAGAACCUCCAAAACUGGGGAUAUGUUCACCACAGAAGCACCUAAUAUAUUCAACGACGCCGUUUCUGAUAUAGAUAACGAUAUCGACGUGGGACAUCUUUCUGGGACAUUCCAUGAUCCAAUGCACCCUGAUAUGCUACUUUACAGAGACUUGCCAGGUAACAGAGGUACUUUGAGGGCCAUGAGACCUUUGUCAACUAUUUAUCCAUGUGCUGGAGCAAGUAUGUACGGUGUUGACUACGUACCUCCGUCCAGAGACGUACCAGUUAGGUUUAAAGAUGACGACGUAGCCCCAGAAAUAUUAAGUCCGAAGAGUUUAGACAGGUAUUCUAGUUCUAAUUAUUACUACGGCUGACGGCGCGACACUGGAGGCAGUGAUGACGUCUCCAGGACUUAUUGCUUUUAGAAAUGCUUAUAAAGCAAGUAUGUAUGUAUCUUAUCUACAUAAUUAAAUUCUGUAUGCAAUGAAAUGAGAGAGAACAUGUUAUAUUACUCAUGUAAUAGGGAAACAUUGAUUGAAGGUUUAUGAAGCCUUUUUAAUAAAAUUUAAGAAAUA